AUGUCGGAUCACGAGUUUGCGGGCAACGAUGACUUGUCCUUGCCCAAGGCAACCGUCCAGAAGAUUGUGACGGAAAUCCUGCCGCCCUCCGCCGGCGUCGCAUUCUCCAAAGAGGCUCGUGAUCUCCUCAUCGAGUGCUGUGUUGAGUUCAUCACCCUCAUUUCUUCCGAGGCCAACGAGAUCUCGGAAAAGGAGGCGAAGAAGACCAUCGCCUGCGACCACAUAACAAAGGCCCUCGAGCAACUCGGCUUUGCAGACUACGUCCCCGCCGUUCUCGAGGCAGCAGCAGAACACAAAGAAGUCCAAAAGGGACGCGAGAAGAAGGCAAACAAGUUCGCUAACAGCGCCAUCCCCCUCGAGGAGCUGGAGAGGAUGCAGCGGGAGGCCUUUGAGGAUGCUGCCAACAGACAUGCUUAG